CAAUCAAAAUAGAAUUUUUUGUGUGUUCCAAUGGAAGAUGAAAUAUUAAAAUAGCGUAUAAAUUUUGAUUCCUCUACUGGUUAAUAGGUGUCGCUUUCAAAACUUUUCAACCAACCUGUAUAAAGCCAGAUUGUAACAGAUUUAAUCUGCUUUUCUUCGACAUUAACGUUAUUUCAUAGAAAUUAUGAACCAACUAUUUAUGUUAAUAAAUUUGUUCAAACGAAAGGAUGCCAACAAGUGUUAUGGCUUCAUGAUGAUGAACGACAUAGAACAGAAGUUGGUACAAUGAAUGUGUUUAUGUAGUUGAAAAAUAAAAAAGAACGUACUGAAUUAGUUACGCCACCUUUGAAUGCACUUUUACCUGGUAUUGCUCGUCAAAGUACUCUAGAUCUUGAACGUGCAUACAAAGAUUUAACUAUUUAUGAACGAGAAAUAACAAUGAAUGAACUUUUAGAAGCAUAUCAAGAUAACAGAGUAUGA